CGUUCGCGGAAGGUGUGCGUGCUGUUUGUCAUCUACCCAAACUACUUUUACGUGUCCGCUUAAAAACCGGUUUGAAAGUGCUCCGAGGUGUGGCACCGCAUUCAACCGUAAAAUACUGUUUUCAAAGUUGAAAACUUAGUGAAAAAGUGCUUUAGUGAGUCAUUGCCGGCCCAAUAACGUUUUUAUCAGAAAGCGGCCAGCCAGUUCGAAACUAGUUUAAGGAUAAAAAAAACUAAAACCCUCUGGACCGCAUCUAGUAAUGCUUGUGAGUUUAUCUGUGCAACAUUGAAGUUUGUAACAAGAUGGCUGUGUUUCCCGCGUUUUUUGGAUUGGUCCUAGUCUCACUAGUGACAGGUCAAACUGUUGAAAUAACCCCACGAGAGGCGGUGAGAAGAGUAGGAGAUGAUCUUACAGUACUCUGCAAAGUCUCAUACCCAAUUGACUCGUGUCGGAUGACAGUGGGUUCGACACCGUAUAGAUUGAUACCAAGUCAACAGGAUGAAGAAGUCGUCUACUCAGGGCAGGGUUUGCAGUUCGGCGAAUGUGGCGCUCAUAUUAAGCAUAUAAAAGAGGAAUGGAAUGGCAACAUCUCCUGUAUGCUGCCGCCGCCGAGUGGGAGUAUUGAAGUUACUGGUAUCAUGCGGCUUGUUGUUGCAAAGCCACCAGCCAACCCUCAACUGAUAUCACCCCCGCAGUCCAACUUCAAGGAGGGGGACAUCUUCAUGGCCCAAUGUAUUGUACCAAAUGGACGACCGGUUGCUAAAAUCACGUGGUUUUUGGACGAUGACCAAUUCCUCACAGGCGUACACCAGCCAAUAAUCACCUCCGAGCCAGGCAUCGAUUUGGAGACCAUCAGCCAGAAUAUCACUAAGGAACUGUCAGCUGACGAUAACGGCAAACGGUUGGUCUGCAGAGCUGAACACGAAGCUUUAGAUAGUCCUAGGGAGGCUGCGAGACAGUUGGUCGUAUAUUACCCACCAAAGCGCACAGAGGCUGGUCAAAUCACAAUAUUUGGCUUGAAAAUUGGUUCCGAAGGACGUUUGAAUGUAACUGUGAGGGCUAAUCCACCUCCCGAAGCUCAGUGGACCGUUGGAGAGUUGGUGUUAGCUGCUCCUCAAAAGAACGAAGACUCAUCCAUCACCGCCUUGGAACCUGUGCACUUGGGUGGUGGGUACUACAACGUAACAUUAGUACUGACAGCGGUGGCUAAAGAAGAUGUCGAUAGAACAUACUACCUUAGAGUUACCAAUGAUUUGGGAAGAGAGGAAUUCGCUCUACGUCUGAGCACCAUGGAUGAACCUGCAGGUGUCCAGCUAAGUCCUGGUGCAAUUGCGGGAAUCGUGGUGGCCAUUUUGCUUCUCAUUACGCUGGUAUCAUUGACUGUGUUCGCCAAGGCUACUGAUCGGUGGUGUUUCGCAGGGCGGUCUCACCGCACCGACAUACCGGACGGGGCUGAUUCUGAGGCACCCCUCCCCCCACACGAUGACAUCAAGGGCUCGGAGAAUCCAACCCACGAGCAUGGAGACUUCAUCAGUAACGGAGACACAAAACACCCAGAAAAGAAACCUGAUACCGCGGUCUAAGCUUGUAAGUCGGUGCUGUCACUGUCACAAUGACAGGACGUUUAGACGCCAUGACACUUAUCAUGUCUUCUGAAUUUACUAUCUUAAAACUAGCUUUGACGUUUUGACAACUUUAUAUAGUAGCUUAAAUAAAUAAAACAGACUUGUAUCCCAGUAGAUUUACCUCUUAUAAAACGUUAAAACAUCUAAAAUAGCCUAGCAUAGCAACCUGUAGCCUCAGAAUAUAACAUUUUAGACGAUCUUUUGUUUAUAAGAAUUUAUUAAUAGUAAUUACCAUUGAUAAAAUAUACGAGUCUUGGUAAUGACGUCGUUUAUGUAUCAAUCCAGCACCUGUUUCAUAUAUCAUGUGCCAAACUAUAUUGUAACAAUGGAACAAAUUUGUUUUUGAUAAUAUGCUAUUAAUGACUUGGCUAUUGUAUUGUGACAAGCCAUAGGGGCUGAUCUAUGCCAUGAUAAUCAAUGUCAAAUCUCAUAUUAUUAUAAAAUUACAACGUCAUGACAAUUGACUAUAUAGUAGAUAAAACAUGUAUAGUUACUUAAUAUCGAAAUUAUUAUCUUAAAGUUAAUUUUAUUGACAUUUUAGAUGUAUGUUAAAUCUCUUGGAUUAUAUAAAAAAUUAAAUAAAGAUUAAACAUAAUAUUAACUGCAUAUUUUUAACAAUACUUUGUGAAUCAUUUAAGGUUAUAAUGUUAAAUAUGACAGGACAGUAAUUAUUUUAACUUUAAGUCAAUCUUUUCUAGAGAGUCUUUAAUCUCAAUAUUUAAAUCCUUUCGUAUAUCUUAGUGUAUUUCACGAUUUUUAUAUUACCUAGAAAUAAUAACGUGAAUGGAAAUAUCCUCAAGCUUUGUAAAUGACACCAGCCCACCGCUCUUGGGUCUUAUAAGUUUAUUACACUAUAAUUGAAAAUGUGAUUACAACGAAUAUUAUAUCUUUGAAGAGUGGAUUUUUACUUUUAAUUGCUCAGUGACAUCAAUUAAAAUAAACCAUAGAUAAUAAGAUAUUGGAUGAUGUGUUACAGAUAUACAUCUUUUAUUCUUAUGCGAAAUAAUGAUAUAUUAAUACCAUGCUUUUUUGUUUGAAAAUGUAUGUAAACAUAAUUUGUCUUUAAAUCUCAAGUUUGUAGAAAAAUUACGGUAGUUCCAAAACGUGACUAACCACUUUUGCCUUUGACAGUACACAAAACUAUUUUUUUUUUUAAUUUGACCUAAACCUAAGUUGUAAUUAUAUUGAUUCUUGAUGUACGAAUAAAAAAAACAAAAAAAACUUUCAGUCUCGACCUAUACGAUAUCUAUAUGGCAAACUUUUGUUUUUAUUUUUAUUUCAAUGUUCAAAACCUAACGGAUCGUAAGGAUGACAUUUUGAUUUAAUAUCUUACUAUUUAAUACAUCAAAAACCUAACAAACACAUAAAAUUCGUUAAAAAAUACAAAACAUGAUAGAAAAAUGUCCACGUAAAUAAAUAUCACCUACUUAGCCAGCGCGUGUCAAUAGUCAACAAAUUCAUUUCAUUUGCACUGGUGUGUUUGCUUACGUUGCACUGUUCAAAGCUUAGCCCACAAAUAUUAUUAAAUUAAACAAUAUCUUUGGUUACAGGGUAACCUGGGCAGACAUCGUAUUUCGAAAAAUAAAUUGGUGAAUCUCCGCAUUUUUAAUACUGGCAACACUGUAGGAAUUCAUAUAUCGUCAUGUUAUAAAUUUAAUUUUGAAAUCGUGAUACCCGUCACUUCAUUUAUGUGUGCACUUAAAACAAAAUGGCGUUUCCAAUAUAGUAUAAUUGAUAAUUAGUAAAUAUUAAUACACUUUAUUAUAAAAUAGUAGCAGAAAAUUAGUAUUAACCUCAAAUUUAUUUUAAUAUGAACGGAUUUAAAUUUCAAAUGCAUGACGUCAAAUAUAAGAAAUACGUAAUUGCCAGUGUUUUAACUCUUUAAAUUGUACUAAAUUGAUUUUAAUGUCUUUUAAAAUGUGUGUUUGUUAGUUUUUAAUGUAUAAGUAUGUCUACUAACAUGAAUGUAAUUACAAGGCCUAUAUUUUAAUUCCUCUAACAUGUGCUUAUAAGCCUUUUUAUUUUUAUGUUUUGUCCUUAUCUAUCUCUUAAAACGAAUAAGUAGUCUUUAGCCUUUUAUAUUUGCACUUUGAGAUCAAUUAAUGUAUUACAAAAGAUCAUUUUGAUAUUUGUUGUUAUCUGUCAAAGCGCUAUCUAUGAAUUUUGACAAUUUGACAAGUGCAAGGCCAUAUUUGAAAUAUAGGCCUUGUAAAUUAUGAUUAUAGAAAAUUUAAAACUAUAACGUAUGACGAAUCUCAUUGAUGUUGUGAACUCAACGAACUGUAGUUUAUUAUAGAUUUUAUAAUUCAUGAUUAAAAUAAUAAAUUUUGUAUAUCAAAUCAACUAAAUAAUACGGGACUAAACCAAACUAUCUUGUGAUAGUAGGUUGUUUGAUAACGUUGAUUAUGGCUAAAAAAUGACACUUGCCUCUUUUAUAUUUGGCAUCUUUAAAAUGGCAUUUAAAAAUAAGUAAAUUUCGCGCCGCACGUCUUGCGUAAAACAAGACUUUGACAGGCACAACUUUUCGUUGAUAGAUCAUGUUGUAUACCGUGUAUUUACGUAUUACAGUUAACUACAUUAUUUUUUACCGACCGUACAUUAGAAAUCUAUAUAUACUGUUGGUUUGGUUUUUUAUAAAUAUUAAUAAAAACUUGGGUAUAUCAAGAACGAAUUUCAAUACAAUAAUUUUGAAAUGGAUCUGACUGCUAGAUACUACGGCGGGUUUUUGACAGGUUUUUACUUAUUUAAUAUUUUAAGAUUACGAAGACCCUUUUGCAGUGUCAUUCUAACCUAUAGUUAAUUCUCUCUAUCAUUAUAUAAUCAGCAAUAUCGCGCGGUCGGUAAUGUGUUCGUUCCACUAUUAUUUUAUAUGUUGUAUAUAUUAUGUAAUAGUAUUGAUAUAAGCCUACUUAAAUUAAUUUUAAGGUUAGCUUUUUUGUAUUUUUGAAAUAUUUUACCGAUUUUACAAUUUUUACAGCUGCUCCGCAAAAUGGCAUAAAGACUAGACUAAACAAAAUAGUAGCUCAAUAAAUUUUCCCUGAGAUGUGUUCUUAAUGUUGUCUUUGUUGAAUGGUAGGUAUUUCCGACGCUAAACUGUCUAAAAUAGUUUAUAUUUGACGCGCAAUCUUGCCGAAGAGCUCUGACAAUCAUAAUACUAUUAUUAUUAAACUUAGCAAUGAGACAAAGAUAGACGCAUCAUCACUCUCUUUCUAGAUUUGAAUAAUAACCUAAGUGGCUCAGUCUUUUCUCUAUGCUGUGUUCUCGUUGACAUUGUAAAGUCGCGUACUUAAGUUUUGUAAAGAUCUUAUUAAAUUAAGUCACCGUUGUAAAUUUAUUUAUGACACGUUUACAAAAGCACUGCCAUUUUACAAAACCAAAAAAUGUAAUAAUUCCAGUAUUGCCAUACGAACAUCACACUUUGCAAUUUUAAAUGUUUUUAUAAAAUCAAUUUCUAAAUCAAUUUUAAUGAAUUAACGUGUAUAGAACAGUAUGUUAUCCAUUAAAGUAUUUAUUAAAUAAGAA